CAAGUAGGAUUCUCUUGAUUGGCACUCUAUGCAUCGGAGGGCUUGAAAUGUUUAUUUUCAGGUCAUCAAAAUAUGAAAAUCGGAAGUUAGCCAACAGGAGCCAGUCUAAAAGUCGUUCUCCAGCACAUGAGAAACAACAUCAUUUGAAAUCACGAAAGAGUUCAUCAAGUUAUUCUGAAAUGACUAGCCAUAAGGGUUCUGCUCGGGGUGACAAAAAAAAGGAUGAGUUAUCUUCUAAACAUAAAAAGAACAAAAAGAAGAGGAAGAAACAAGAGAGGUCUAGCAGCAGCAGCAGCAGCAGCAGCAGCGACAGUGACCAGGAACGAGAAGAGCUGAAGCUGUUGCAGAGACUAGAAACGGAACGGCAAAGGUUGAAAGAAGAAAAACGAAAACAAAAAGAGUUGCUGAAGGCAAAAGAGACUCCGGAGGAAAAGAGAGCUCGGCGUCUUAGAGAGAAACAGGAAAAGGAAAGAAAACGGCGCGAGCGCAUGGGCUGGGACACGGAGUACCAGUGUUACACUAACCAGGACAAUCCCUUCGGAGACUCGGCCCUCACGCAUUCCUUCGUGUGGACCAAGAAGCUCGCCAAGGAGGGCGUCAAAUCUGUCUCCAGGGACGAGCUCGACGCAUUGAACAGACAAAAGCAACUAGAGAAUAAAAUUGAGCUAGAAAAGGUGAAGCAGCAAUUAAAAUAA